GGAAGGUCAAGACCGACCACGGAAAUACAGCAUUACAUGACGGCGUUCGUUCUAUUUUGCGGGUUUCUUCCUCUGAGAAAGGACUGAACAUAACGGGGAGCACGGACGUCCAAGUUGGCCACUCAUACUAUGCGCUGCCCGUAGAGGAGUAAAAGCCACGCUUUAAUUUAAUGACGGUGCCUUAUGACAGGUAGGCCUGUAUGAAUGGGCGUUGGUUGUUGAAAGUGUUACAGGAAUUUAAACCACAUGCUCUAAACUGGCUAUACCGUUAUAAACAUGAUAGGAGGUGAUAUUGACACCGACAAAAGCCUAGUGUAAACCUAUAUCACGAAUGAAAAGUUAUAUGAAAAGUAGCCGUUGAGAUAGAUCGCCUCAGGUUAUCUUUAUGGCGUACUCUUCCUAUCGGUUUCGAUCUUUCAAAAACACUGUCUCAGGUGUCUUUCUGCGUUUACCUUGGCAGUAUUUAAAGGAGAGGAAGUAAUGUUUGAAUGCUGGUGUGUGGUGACCCUGAAGUUUACAACACAACAAAAAGAAAGCAAAACAACAAUACUCAAAGUAAAAAAAAAAAAAAAACAUGCCAAAUAUCACAAAUCACAAAACACUGUAAAAAAUACUUUGUCUUCAUUGUCCACACUUACUGUUCUAUAGAUAACAUUGAUGACAAUGAAGAUGUUGUUGUUGCCACUGCUUCUCUUAUUGUUGUUGAUAUUGUCUUGUUAGACCAAAUGAGUGCCUAUGGGAGGGACAAGGACGCCAGAGCUGAGUCUCCACUAUCCACCUGUUUGUCCUUAAAGGAUGAACCUGGACCAUCUGGCUCAAAGUAAGAUCUCUUUUUUUUUCAGCCAGAAAAAAAAAUCACUCGACAGCUAAAUUUCCUGCUUUUGGUGCAAAUUUAUACUCCUUCAUCCAAGCGGCUUUAAACCAUUCACUGAGUUUAGUUUAGGUUACAAUAUACAUGAAUGCCAUUUGAUGAGAGGAGAUGAUUGUACCUGCAGAACCUGGACAAGUAGAUACACAUGCAAUCUGGGAUGUAACAUACAGUUGAAACCAGAAGUUUACAUACACUGUAUAAAAAAGCACAUAACCUUUUUUUCCUCACUGUCUAACAUUAAAUCAGAUUAAAAUUUUCCUGUUUUUGGUCAAUUAGGAUUACCAAAAUUAUUUUUAUUUGCUAAAUGCCAGAAUAAUGAGAGAGAGAUUUUUUUAGAAAAUUUGUUAUUACUUUCUCGAAAAGUUUACAUACACUAAGAUGACUAUGCCUUUAGACAAUUUGGGAAAGGCCAGAUGCUGAUAUCAUGUCCUUGGAAACCUGAUAGGUUUAUUGACAACAAUUUAGUUAAUUAGAGGCACACCUGUGGAUGUAUUUUAAGGCACACUUGAAACACACUGCUUCUUUGUGUAACAUCAUGGGAAAAAUCAAAAGAAAUCAGCCAAGAGCUCAGGAAAAGAAUUGUGGACUUACACAAGUCUGGUUCAUCCUUGGGUGCAAUUUCCACAUGCCCAAAGGUGCCACGUUCAUCCGUUCAAACAAUUGUAUGCAAGUGUAAACACCAUGGGAAUGUCCAGACAUCAUACCGCCUAGGGAGGAGACGGGUUCUGUGUCCCAGAGAUGAACAUAGUUUGGUCCGAAAUGUGAAUAUCAACCCAAGAACAACAGCAAAAGCCCUUGUGAAGAUGCUAGCUGAAGCUGGUAAGAGUGUGUCGUUAUCAACAGUGAAACGAGUCCUGUACCGACAUGGGCUGAAAAGCUGCUCUUCCAGGAAGAAGCCAUGACUCCAAAAUAAACAUAAAAAGUCAGAUUAAAGUUUGCAAAUGCACACAGGGACAAAGACCUUAAUUUUUGAAGACAUGUCCUGUGGUCUGAUGAAACUGAAAUGGAACUUUUUGGCCAUAAUGACCAUUGUUACAUUCAGAGGAAAAAUGGUAAAGCUUGCAAGCCUGAAAACACCAACCCAACUGUGAAAUAUGGGGUUGACAGCAUCAUGUUGUGGGGUUGUUUUGCUGCAGGAAGGAAAGAACAUUAUGUGGAAAUACUGAAGCAACAUCUCAAGACAUCAACCAGGAGGUUAAAGCUCAUACAACUUAAAGGCAGCUACCAAAUAUUAAUGAAAUGUAUGUAAACUUUUGAAUCUUGAGAAAGUCAUAAACUUUAUUAAAUAAUAAACUGUUUUUAUUUCGUAUUUAGUCAAAAGAUGGGGCUUGGUGAAGAAGACGAAGAGGACAGAGCAGGCUCUCCAGUUUUUUCCUGUCUGUCCCUGAAGAGUGACCAGUCGAAAGAACCUCCUUUCACGUUCAGUAAAGACCCUAUACUACUCGACUCAAAGUAAGAACUUUGCUUGUUUUAAAGCCACUUUUAGAUAAACAUGGAGCAAUGACAAAUGUUUUUUACAGCAGAAAAUAAAUACUUGUAUUCACAUUAUUUGGCUAUGAAAACUAUGGUGUACAGAUUUCAGAGAGUCAACUUUUUGGUGUAGUUUCCCUUUAAACAGGGCAUGGCAGCUUAUUUGUAAUCUCUCCCUUAGAUGGGGAUUGUUAGUAGUAAGAGGACUGAAUUAUUAUGUCAGACAUAUCACAAAUUCAGCAUUAUUAGAGACAGCACUCAAGGUCACAGCCUUAAUUUUUAUGUCUUUUUUUAUCGACAACAGUUGAGGAAUUUGUGGGACGUGGUCCUUUUAUAUCAACAUGGAUGUUGUUCUCAGUUGGUGUUACUAUUUUUACUUUUAGACUAAAGCCAAAAUACAGCGAGAAACAUGAGAUCAGAGCGGGCUCUUCAGUUUCUUCCUGUCUGUCCCUGAAGAGUGACCAGUCGAAAGAACCUCCUUUCAUCUUCAGUAAAGACCCUGCACUACUCAACUCAAAGUAAGAGUUUUACUUAUUUUUUUUAGCCCCUUUUGAGGGCUAAAAAAUGAUUUAAUUUAAAGGGCUAAAUGGAAAAAAAGCAACCAAAGAGAAAAAUCCAAAAAGGCAAAAUCACAGGGAGCAACUGGGGACACAGGCAUAAGCACACUUCAACAAACAUACAAUGAGCCAACCAGGACAGAAGGGAAGACAGAGACUAUAUACACACUGGGAAACGAGCAACAGGUGAGGCAAACGAGACACAGGUGCAACUCGUGGUUGAUUAAUUAAUGAAGGAGGGAAAACUAGGGAAGUCAAACCAGACAAGAAACACAAGGAAAUCAACUACUACAAAAUAAAACAGGAAACACUGAAAACUAAUCUAAAGAAUAAAACAAAGAGAACAUGAGGGAAACAGGGUCAAACACAAACUAAGAACUCACAAGACUACAGGGGAACAGUAACAAUAGGGAACUGAAACACUUGGGAAAAUACACAGAAAAUACACUCAAAUAAACAACACUGCGAGAAAACUAAAUUAACAGAACACAUUAUGAUGUGGUGCUUUUUAUAAACAUCACAUUUACUGUAAAUCAUUUACAUUUCAAGAAUAGACCCUUAAGGUUAUGACAGUAGACGAAUAAAAACAAGAACAAAUGUUUUUGCCUGAUGACAGAGAGAGGAAAAGGACCAGACAUGCUACCGUGGAGGAUGAGCUGCUGUGCUGUGCUUUGUGUAAGGAGAUCCUGAGGCAUUCACAACCAAUCAGCUGUGGACACAGCGUCUGCAGUCAGUGUAUUGCUUCAUACUGGGAGGAACACGACUCAACGGGAGAUCCCCCCUGUCCUCAAUGUGGGAAAAGAUGCAGGGAAAAUCCUAGACUGCAAACACCCAAUCAAAAAUUGAUUGAAGAAGGUAAAUACAUUUAAACUUUUUGUGUCUGUGCUGACAUCUUUUGUCUUGACACAGCAUAGAAAAGGGAAUUUUUUCUCAUUACUUGACUUUGCAUGUGAAUGAGCAAUGCUACUUUCAAUCAGUGGCUAUAAUAGCGGGUUUUCUUGAUGGAUAUAAUUGGGAUUGAUAGAUAGAUAUUAAGUACUUUUUGUGCAUAUCUUUCAGGCACUAUCAGUCUGCAGGAGCUUUUGGAUGCUCAUAAGAUCGGUCUCAGAAAAAGAUGUGAAUUUGCAAUAGAAGGCACGGCUGAAGCAGGAACUCGCACCCGUCUGAACAGGAUCUACACUGAGCUUUACAUCACUGAAGGACAAUGUGAAGGGGUCAACGUUCAGCAUGAGGUUUGGCAGCUUGAGACAAUAUCCAAAAACGAGACCCUGCGUGAAACUCCGAUCAAAUGCUGUGACAUCUUCAAGGUCUUUCCUGGUCAAGAGGGAUCAAUCAGAGUGGUUCUGACGAAUGGAAUAGCCGGCAUCGGGAAAACUUUCUCAGUGCAGAAGUUCACUCUUGACUGGGCAGAAGGCCUGGAGAAUCAAGAUGUCAGCCUUGUGAUUCUGCUUUCUUUCAGAGAGCUAAACCUGAUCAGGGAGAAACAGUACAGCCUCCUGAAGCUGCUUCAUGAUUUUCACCCGUCUCUUCACACGGUCACAGCACAAAGGCUUAAUUUUUGUAAGGUUUUGUUCAUCUUUGACGGCUUGGACGAAAGCAGGCUUUUGUUGGAUUUUCAGAACAAUGAGGUUGUGUCUGAUGCUGCUCAGAAAUCAUCUGUCAGCGUGCUGCUGACAAACCUGAUCAAAGGGAACCUGCUUCCCUCAGCACUGAUAUGGAUAACUUCCAGACCUGCUGCAGCCAAUCAGAUCCCUCCGUCAUAUGUUGAUAGGAUGACAGAGGUACGAGGAUUUACUGACACUCAGAAAGAGGAGUACUUCAGGAAAAGAUUCAAUGAUGAAUCAGUGGCCAGCAGAAUGGUCUCGCACAUCAGGGCAUCCAGGAGUCUCUAUAUUAUGUGUCACAUCCCGGUUUUCUGUUGGAUCACUGCCACAGUCCUGCAGCACAUGUUGACUACAGACCAAGAAGAGCUCCCCAAGACUCUAACUGAGAUGUAUUCUCACUUUCUGCUGGUUCAGAUAAAGAGGAAAACACAGAAGUAUGACAAGGAGUGGAAAAUCAUCCAACAGGAGCAGAUGCAGUCUGAAGAGUGGGUGCAGACUGAUAAGAAAGUCCUCCUGAAGUUGGGGAGACUUGCGUUCGAAAAUCUGGAAAAGGGGAACAUCAUGUUCUACCAGGAAGACUUGGAGCGAUGUGGUCUUGAUGUCAGAGAAGCUUUAGUUUUCUCAGGAUUAUGCACAGAGAUCUUCAAAAGAGAAUGCGUACUCUUUCAGAAAAUGAUUUACUGCUUUGUUCACUUGAGUAUUCAGGAGUUUCUUGCUGCUGUCUACACGAUUAACUGUUAUCUCAACAAAGACAUGGAAGUGCUGGCAACUUUUCUGGGAGAAGACUGGAACAAAAAUGACAAUAAUCCGAGUCUGGAUACAUUUCUCAGCAGAGUGGUUGAUAAAGCUCUAAGCAGUGAAAACGGACAUCUGGACCUCUUUGUUCGCUUUCUUCAUGGCCUGCUGUUGGAGUCCAAUCACCGUCUUCUUGGAGGUCUUGUUGGUUGGACAGCGAGCAGGCCAGAGAGCAUCCAGAGAGCAAUAAACAACCUGAAGAAGAUGAAUGCUUAUGACAUCUCUCCAGAUAGAAGCAUUAACAUCUUCCACUGUUUGAUGGAGAUGAAUGAUCACUCAGUGCAUCAGGAGAUUCAAGAGUACCUGCAGUCUGGGAACAGAUCAGAGAAAAAACUUACCAAGACGCAUUGCUCUGCUCUUGCCUACAUGCUGCAGAUGUCAGAGGAGGUUCUUGAUGUGUUGGACCUGAAGAAAUACAACUCUACAGUUGAUGGUAGACGGAGAUUGCUCCCAGCUGUGAGAAACUGCAGACGUGCCAAGUAAGUCAGGUUGCACACACCAACAACUUCAUUUCUGUUAUUUCUGUAAAAGGCAACAUAUGAAGCUUCUUAUACACUCUAAUAACCCAACAUCGGGGUUGAAAAGGGGCCGACUACUUAUUGGGUUAUUUUGACCCAGAAUGUUGGGUUAUUCAAAUUAACCCAAAUUUUGGGUUGACUCAUUAACUCUUUUUAAGGGUCAAGUUAACCCAAUCUUCGAGUUAAUUUGACUCACGAUCUUGGGUUAAAUUGAUAUAUGCAUUUGGGGAGCUUUUUUUGGGAGCUUUGCUGUUACAUCCUGCACCCUACUUCCUAUGUAAUUUUAUACCAGUUCUUAAAAGUAAAACUGUAUUAAACCUACCCCACCCCUUCACUGAUUUUCUUUUUUUUCUACUCUUUUUUUUUUUUUUUUUACAAUUUAGUGUUCCUCAUUGCAGUCUUUAAGAACCUUAUAUGUUUGCUCUCUGUUCAUGUAACCCAGCUGGUUAGGGUUACUGGAGUAGUAGCAUCCCAACAGAGCCUUGUUCUCAUCUCGUGUCCAUUGCCUACUCUUUGUUCUUCCAGUAGCCCAUUUCUCAUCACAGUGCCCUGGUUCCUCAGCAUGUGACGCACACCUUGUUAACCUGGGCGACAUCUGAGCCAAUUUGGCUUUCAAUGGUAAUGCACUCAUGUUUAGGAGGUAGGCCAUAGCAUUGCCGAAGGACCAACACUGGUAGAUAUACUUCGCUCCUUACAGAUGUACCCCAAGCGGGAGUUGAACCCUAACCCCCUGGUUGGGAUCUGGAUGCUCCACCUGCUGAGCUACCCCAGCCGCCCCAUAUAUAUUGGGGUGGCCACCUCAAUAAUCAAGGUCACCAGGUCACUUUAAUUGCCAUUAGGCCUAGAAACCAUGUAGAAUCAAUCAAACCCAACGUUCUGACCCAAUUAUUGGGUUACUCUUAGAAAAAUAACCCAUAAUUAUUAACCCAUUCAAAAUAAAUACUCAAAUUGGGUUACAAUAGAAUCCAUAUGACCCAAGAAAUGGGUAUGGAUCUGAAAAAUAACCCUGAAAUUUAACUCAACACUUAUAACCCAGGAAUUGUGUUGAAGAAAUAACCCAAGAGUUUUUGGAGUGUACAUAUAAAAAAGGUGUUUGCCCCUUCAUAUACAGUAUUACAUGAGAUAAGAUUGAAAGCCUGGAAGAGCCAGUGAAUACAAUAACCUAACUCCAAACACUAUUUUCAGACUGGCUUGCUGUGGAUUCUCUGAGUGGCAUUGCGAAGUCCUGUCAUCUGCCCUUACAUCAAACCCCUCUCAUCUGCGAGAGCUGGACCUGAGUGAGAACGACUACCUGCUGGAUUCAGGAGUGAAACUGCUGUCUGUUGGACUAAAGAGUCCAAACUGUAGACUGGAGAUUUUAAGGUCAGAUAACUUUCACACAGCUGUUUCUUUCUGCUUGUUACUGUAUUAUUUUCAUUUUUACUAUUACACGUAAAGCUGAUAUAAUUGUGAUCUGUAGCUCUAUCCACUGACUGGCUGCAGUACAGAUUAUAAGCCAGGCAUAUAAAAGAGACUUCUGCCGUUAUAGAGAGUUCUCCACAUGAUGCUCCAUGUUUCAGGGUUUCUUUUUCUUGGCAGCCAAAUUGUAAUUGGUUAUUUAAUGUCAAAGCAGGCCCAAGUCUCCAUGGCGUCCUAAGCAAAACUUGAUUUUGGGGCCUUUCUAUUUCUGCCAAUAAUAUUGAUUGUUGAUCAUUGGGGGCCCCCUAGUGGCCACAAGGUCCUAAGUUAGUUCACUUUUGCCUUGGGCUGACUCUGUUUAAUGCUAUUUAAAGAGGGCGUGACUGAAGCUCUGUUGACAAAUGUUACUCCUGUUGCACUAAACAAACACUGACAUUAGACUCUUCAAUGUAUCCAUAACUGUUAGUCUCAGUUGUUAAUGGACAGAAAAAGCUGCGACACUGUAAGCUGUUUUAGUUUUCAAUAUAAUACUUUAAGAUGUGUCCUUGACUGAAAUUUCAGCUUGAAGAGCUGCAGUUUGUCCGAAGUUUGCUGUCAUUCUCUGGCGUCAGCACUUAAGUCCACCUCAUCUUGCCUGAGAGAGCUGGACUUAAGUAACAACAACUACCUCAAGGAUUCAGGGGUUAAGCUUCUGUCUGCUGGACUGGAGAGUCCACACUGCCGACUGGAAACUCUCAAGUAAGACACCCCUUUUGAAAGUGAAUUUUGAGAGUUUUAUGAGCAUGGCAGAAGUUUAACAUGGAAGUGAAUAUAAGAUACUGGAAAAGCAAUUUUUGUCUCUGAUCAGGAUUCCCAGCCGUCAUAUUUGUACAGGUUACAAUGAUGAGUCCUUUUUUUUUUCUUACAUCUUUUCCAGAUUAAGCUGCUGCCGGCUGUCAGAAAUCAGCUGUGCACAUCUGGCCUCAGCUAUGACGUCCAACCCCUCACAUCUAAAAGAGGUAGACCUAAGUAAAAAUAAAAUCAAAGAUCAAGGAGUCACUCUGCUGUCUGAAGCACUGAGGACGUCUGAGUGUAAACUGAAGUUUUUGAGGUGAGUGUAAACAGUGUGUCUUUUAUGCAAAUGCUGUUUUUUCAGAUACUCUCAAAUGGGCUCUGCUGUUUUUUUGUAAAUCAGUUUAGUUACAACUUUUAUUCUACUGUCAAUAAAUGUAGUCUUACAAGAAAAUGGACGUUUUCGACCUUUAGCUCAGUUUGGGACAUACCUGGUAAUCCCUUCAAUGUCAGGGUUGGGGUUUGGGAAUUUGGAAAUAAUUUCUAAAAGCUGCUUUUCUUUAUCAUUGUUAUUUUUGCAUUACUGUAACUGCUGAAACAUCAACAACAUGUACUGCCAGCCUCUGACAGAAGAGAAUCAGAGAAGGAUGUUAAAACUAAAGACCACAAGAUGGCCUCAGUUUGCCUUUGACUGACUGUGUCGUUAGGAGUUUGUGAAACUGAAGGAAACUUUUAAAAGGUUUUAGUGUUCAUGUUGCAUAAGAGUUUUGGAAUCAGAUUUGCAUUGAGUGUGCCCAUCUUUGACUAUUGGAGACAUUACAUUGCAUUAUAUUGGAGGAUGAGGCCACAUAGAGAUAGACCUUCUCCUUUUGUGAAGUGUUGAGAAUGAUUCAGGGAUAUAUAUAAGCACAAAUGUUUGAUUACUCAUGAGCUUUGUUUAUUUUUUGCCUUUACUGCCUUUGAUUUUAGGUGAAUGGAAACUACUCUUCUAAAGGGGAACAUGACACAUUCUUAGACACUCAUUUCAGCAUUUCUUACUUGAUAUCACGUCUUCAUUUACAGGAUUGAUAGAUGUGGGCUUACAGAGGACUGCUGUACCUCUUUAUCCUCUGCUCUCAUGUCGGACCCUUCAAGCUUGAGAGAGUUGGAGCUGAGUAAUAACGAUCUGCAGGAUUCAGGAGUGAAGCUGCUGUGUGUUGGUCUGCAGAGUCCUCAUUGUAGACUUGAGGCUCUGAGGUCAGUCAUCAUGUGUUUAAUUGACUUUAAUAUUAAAAAUAAAUGAAUACAAUGUACAGUGUAGUGAAGACUCAUGUUACAUUCGUUAAACACAACAGCUCCUGUUUCUUUUCAUUUUAGUUGUACUUUGUUUUAUUCAGGUUGAGGGGCUGCUGGCUAUCAGACAUUUGCUGCGCUUCACUGGCUUCAGCUUUGACGUCCGACUCCUCAAGUCUCAAAGAGCUUGACUUAAGUGACAAUGAUCUGCAGGAUUCAGGGGUAAAGCUGCUGUCUGAUGGACUUAAGAGUCCACAUUGUAAACUAGAAACCCUGAGGUAAGAAAUCAACUAUUCCUCCUAAACAUACAAGAAGACUCCCUAAUAGUGCUAAUACCCUGCAAUGUUUCACCCAUAAAUUUUUGGUAUCUUAACCCCAGGAAACCAAGCAAUCUUUGAAAUAACAUAAACCAUCUAAGGACAUAACUUGUAAACUUCUUCCUUGACAUAGUGGUCCUACUAAAAGUGAGAAAAACCCUCUAAUCUCUGCAGAUUGAUACACUGUCGAGUCACGGAUGCAGGUUGUGCUUUUCUGGCAGCAGCUAUAAAAUCCAACCCGCCCAAUCUGCAGGAGCUGGAUUUGAGUAAAAACAACCUGCAGGAAUCAGGUGUUAAGCUGUUGUCUGAGAUCUUGAAGAGUCCACAAUGUCAACUGCGUACUCUCAGGUCAGUAGCAUGUUUUUGACAGUUUUAGACCUUGUUUCAGGAGAUUUCACAAAAAAAAAUUAGUGUUUUAGGGCCACGCAGAAACUCUUACUUGCAUUGAGUGUAUAAAUUGUUGCUUUUCCCAGCUGAAAAUUAAGAAAUAUAGAAGUAUAGAGACUCAAACAACACCCAGUCGAAGUGCAUGUGAUGAUGUGUUUCUCCCAACAGGAUGGAAAACAUGGAGUAAACCUGGAGUGUGUUUCAUCACCGGGGCUGUCAGAUCACUAUGUCCAUGGAACGUGGACUUGUUUUCCUGCUGAAUAAAGAACAAUAUUUUUCUUGAAGAGAAAUUUACCAGCACCUUACCCUGUUAAAAGGGUCAAUAUCAUCGUUGACCUCUGCUUCCUCUGCUUUGUUGACCACUUCACAACACCUUGAUGGACCAAAGGGCCAAUGGUGGUGGACGGCUCCUCUCUCUUCGCUGCAGGACAGAAAGAUUCAGAAGAUCUUUUGUACCAACAGCCAUUAGCUUUAUAACUCUUGUGUAAAUAGUAGAUAACUUUUAGAGACAUAUUUUGUGAGACAACAGACAAUGGAAUUUCCUUUCGGGGAUAAAGUUAUUCUUAUUCUUUUCCUGUGGAUUGAAAAGAUGCAGUAUAGUAUGUUCAUAAGUGAACAACAAAAGAGAUGCUAUUUGAUAGAAUUUACACAUUCAGUUUUUAAACUUGUAUCGGACUUAGGGACUUUAUCAUAAUUAUGGCCAGCCAGGUCCGCUUGUUAUUUGUUUUAAAGUAUGAUUAAGUCAUUAUUUUUUUAUGACAAAAUCCAGGAAAAAUGUAUAACAAAACAGAGUAACAAAAGCAAUACUAUUUUGUACAUUUUAUUCAAGCUUGUAUCAGGUUUGUAUAGUUUUUACCGUGUUGUACAAAAGCACUUUUGUUUGGCUGUAUUUAGGGUGUCUGUUUUUAACAGUAAAAUGCACUUUCAUUCAUUAAAUUACUCCCUUACCUCA